AUGCACUACCUCGCCAGUAAAGGAUUUGUACACAGGGAUCUUGCAGCAAGAAACAUCUUUGUGUCUGAGAGUAACACUUGUAAGGUUGGAGACUUUGGAAUGUCUAGAGACCUAGCCAACGCACCGUACUACAUCUCCAGAGGUGGGAAGAUCCCAGUACGGUGGACAGCACCGGAGGCCAUGUACUACCACAAAUACUCCAGUGCCAGUGAUGUGUGGAGCUAUGGAUGUGUUCUGUACGAGAUAUGGAGUCUUGGACGAUUGCCGUUCAAGAAAUUUACAAAUGCACAGGUAAGGUCGGGGCUACCAUUCCUAUAA